CCUGGACGGCGUAAUUGGCGGGAGAUCUGUGGUUGCCCUCAGUGACCGCGGGAGGCGCAGGGCUAAUUAGUGUAGGGUGACUGUCGUACUCUAUUGUGGCACAGAGCGCGUGUCAGACUGAGAGAUGUUGAACCAAGGACCUUUUUCUUGUUUGAGGUGCUCUUUUGAUCUUCCCUUCUCGUCCUCCCCCUUUGAUGUCCUGCUUUUCCCAUCGUGCGAUUCCAACACCGCGAUAGAUCGAUUAAUUAUCGCCCCUGUUGCGCGUUUCCCUAUCUACCCGUCGCCAGCCAGCUAAAAGUCCCCAAUUGGACACAGUUCAGGAGACUUGUGUUCUGUAUAUAUUAUUUUACAGACCCGGUUCUGUUCUGGGUUUUUCUUCUCGAACUACUGCAGAGCAGUUGAGAAAUUUCACAAUUCACAAUUCAGAAUGCUAGGACUAGGUCUCCUAGCGCUCCUCGCUCCUCUCGUCUCUGCAGAGGCUCUCGCGCCACGAACGACGGCAUGCAAUAACUCGCCCGAUCUCUGCUCCAAAUCUUAUGGAGAAAUCACACAUCUAGGAGCACAUGACAGUCCGUUCGUGAGAGAUGCGUCGACGGACUACUCUACGUCGGGGAAUCAAUUCUUCAAUACGACGGUUCAGCUGGAUGCGGGUGUACGGUUGGUGACGGCACAGGUGCACAAACAAAACAAUGAGUGGCAUCUCUGCCACUCGAGCUGCGAUCUACUGGACGCGGGGACAUUGAGUGCAUGGUUAUCAUCGAUCAAGACAUGGCUAGAUGAUAAUCCUAAUGAAGUGAUCACUGUACUUCUGGUCAACUCGGACGACGCUUCUGCCUCUGACCUCAACAGCGAAUUUGAAGCUGCCAGCAUCGUCAAAUAUGCUUACACGCCGCCCUCGCAGUCUUCAGCCCCCACCACCUGGCCUACGCUGCAGGAAUUGAUCAACAACGGAACUCGAAUGAUGACCUUCAUUGCAUCCUUGGACCCGUCGUCGAACACCGUUGCGCCCUACCUGAUGGACGAAUUCACGUUCAUCUUCGAGAACCCCUACGACGUCACCGCUGCAGCGAACUUCUCCUGCCUUCCAUCUCGCCCCUCAUCUGUCGAAGGAAAUACUGCGUCGGCCUUUUCUUCGAGACUACUCCCAUUUAUGAACCACUUCCUAGAUCAGGAGGAAUUGCUGGGAAUUGAAAUUCCCGAUGUCGACGCCAUCGACACCACAAAUGCUCCGUCUGGGGGUACAGGGAAUCUCGGGACGGCCGCUACGACCUGUAAACAAACCUACUCGGGACGCCAGCCAACUUUCAUCCUGGUCGAUUUCUUUAACAAGGGCCCGGCCAUUUCCACCGUUGAUAAGCUGAACAAUGUUACCAGUGCUGUGGGACGUGUUCCCGUUCCGAGCUCUGACUCGUCUAGCUCCAGCUCUUCUAGCUCUGGCGUCUUCUCGGGUUUGGUUGAUCUAGUCGAUGAGGUCAAGAUGGGCGCAAAACCAUCGAUCGGAAACUGGGUCUGGGUUGGUGGUAACUGGGGCGGUCUGCUCAAUGGUGGUAUCUCGCUCUGAUUUAUUCCUGGGUAUACAUUUCACAGCACCGUUCAAAAUAAGGUCUCGUUCUUUGCGGUUUCUAGGUUAUACGUCAAGCUUGGGUAUUUCUAUAUUGCUUUUCAUUGGAUGAUAAUUGCACGGCAACCAUAUAAUCUGUCGUGAUUCGGCAUAGCGAGGCGUUACUGGUUGUGUUAUUAUGCUGCUUGAGAUCACGAGGUUGGAAACAGGAAGGAUCCUCUUGAGUUCACUGCUCGUCCACUUCUGUUGAUGAUGUAGAUAGAUUCAUCUGGUAGAUAGCAUAUUAUUCAUGGUUUCGAAUUGGAAAUAGUAGAUCCUAUUGUAUAAUCCGCUACGUAUUAAUCCAGCAAUCAAACGCCAGAGAGGAGCGUACUUCAACCCCUAGAUCUGUAUUCCUUACUGCUUUCCUAACAACUGGUUGAUCUUGUUGACUUUGUCUUCGAACGACUGGUGCUUGUCCGUCCUGUA